AUGAGGCUACAUAGUGAUGGCUAUGAAGAGAUUGAUGAGGGAGGAAACAAGCGCAAGUCUCUUCUCGUCACUCUAACAAAAGUAGGAGUAUUACUGGUUCUAUUAAUAUGGGGAACUGUGAUCGUUUUGAAGACCGUCAAUGGAAUUGUUCACCAGCCCUUGAACCGACCAAAAAAUCGUGGAAACAGUAGAACAACCAAGGAUGGUCAUUUGAAGGUUUCCUUUGCCAAUGUUAGAAAUAAUACAUUCACUCCUAAAAUCCAGCCUUUACAAUGGAUUAGUGGACCCAAUUCCACUACUGAUGAUAACGGGCUUUUUGUCACGCAUAUAAACGAUAGCUACGUUGUGAAAUCCGUUUUUGACCCACAUUAUUCAAAGACCCUAUUUAAGGGGCACUCCUUCUUGUAUGGGCAACAGAACCUAACUGUGGACACAAUGAUCGCAUCUCCCGAUUUGCAGAAGGUUAUAAUUAGAACCAAUACGACGAAGAACUGGAGGCACUCUACUUUUGGGUCCUAUUUUGUAUUCAGUACCGAAAAAUCGGAGUAUCAAAUGAUAGGAGAGAACAUCUCUGUCGUCGAAUGGUCUCCAAACUCUAUUGACAUUGCUUAUGUGUUGGACAACGAUCUUUACUUGUAUUCCGUAGAGAAACAAAAAACUACGAAACGUAUCACAGAUGAUGGAAGUGCACAAGUUUUUAAUGGUAAACCAGACUGGGUUUACGAGGAAGAGGUACUGGAAGGUGACUCCGCCAUGUGGUGGUCACCAGAAGGUGAUUAUCUUUCAUUCUUCAAAACAAACGAAACAGAAGUUUAUGAAUUCCCGAUUCCCUACUUUGUUCAACACUCUGAUGAUGUAUAUCCCGAAGUGCGCAUGAUUAAAUAUCCAAAAAGUGGAAGUCCAAACCCAGUAGUCCAUCUCAAUAUUUAUGAUCUUGAAAAGGAGAGAACUAUGAAUGUGAAUAUUGACGACGAUAGCGUUCUAAUUACGGAUGUGUUAUGGGUAGGAGCAGAACGCCUUCUAGCUAGAGUGACAGAUCGCACCUCUGACAUUUUAUCGAUGGUUCUAGUUGACGCAAAGAAGGAUGCAUUUUACGAAGUGCCCAGAGUGGAAUUUUCCGACGACGGCUGGUGGGAGAUCACUCACGACACGCUUUACGUUCCAAAAGACAAGUCAAGAGACAGACAUGACGACGGCUACUUGGAUGUCGUUCCAAUCAAUGGCUAUAACCAUUUGGUAUAUUUUUCAUCAUGCGAUUUAAGUAAUCCUGUGAUUUUAACUGAUGGGGAUUGGGAAGUUGUUGAUGGGCCUGCGGCGUUUGAUUAUGAGUCUAAUGAUGUCUACUUUUUAGCUACGAAGAAAUCAUCUAUGGAAAGACAUCUGUACUCUGUUAACAUUCACAAGCCACUUGUUAUCAAAGAGAUUACCGAUACCUCAAAAGACGGAUAUUUCGAUGUGACAUUCUCUUCUGGCAGCAGAUUUACAUUACUUACUUACAGAGGUCCUGACGUUCCCUUUCAAAAAAUCAUCGAUCUUAGGUCCUCGAAGACAGACGAAACGAUUCAUGGAAAUGUCGUAGGAAAGACACUUUAUUAUUUGGAGACGAAUGAAGAGCUCAAAGGGCACUUGGAAAGUUACGCCAUUCCACGUAUCACUUAUCAAGAAUUAAACCUUGGCACAGAUGAGAAAGGUAACCAAAUAUUGGUAAAUUCUUACGAAAUUUUACCCAAUGACUUCAACCCUCGUCUUGAAAAGCAUUACCCCGUAUUUUUCUUUGGUUAUGGUGGCCCAGGCUCGCAGCAGGUUGCAAAGACUUUCUCAGUGGGCUUUAAUCAAGUCGUGGCUUCCCAGUUAAAUGCAAUUGUUGUAGUCGUAGACGGGCGGGGUACAGGAUUCAAAGGGAGAGAAUUCAGAUCUCUAGUUCGUGACAAUCUUGGAGAUUAUGAGGCUCAGGAUCAAAUAUCUGCAGCAGCUCUAUAUGCCAAGAAAUCAUUCGUGGAUGAAGAGAAAAUUUCCUUGUUUGGAUGGUCUUAUGGAGGGUAUCUAACUCUAAAAACUUUAGAGAAAGAUGCUGGCAAACAUUUCAAGUAUGGCAUGUCUGUUGCGCCAGUCACAGAUUGGCGACUCUAUGACUCAGUUUACACCGAAAGAUAUAUGCAUACGCCACAGCAGAAUCCAGAAGGUUAUGCUAGCGCGAAAGUCCAUAACGCUACUGCCUUGGGUGAGGCGAAGAGAUUUCUACUAGUUCAUGGAACAGGCGAUGACAACGUGCACUUUCAAAACUCUUUGAAGUUUCUUGAUAUGCUCGACAUCGAGGGUAUCGAAAAUUAUGAUGUCCAUGUAUUCCCAGAUUCAGACCAUAGCAUCAGAUAUCAUAAUGCUAAUACCAUCGUAUUCGACAAGCUUCUAAACUGGGCAAAACAGGCAUUCGAAGGACAUUUUAUAAGUGAUAUGUACUAA